AUGAAUUUUAUUUUACCUUCAUUAAUUUUACUUUUAAUCAUUUAUUUAUUUCUUUGUCAUUAUUUUCGUUUUCAUCGUCUUAAACAUAUUUUAAAAAAAUAUAAUAAUGUUCAUCUUGAUUAUCAUCAAGCACAAGAAAUUUUUAUUUUUACAUUUGCAUUCGAUAUGCCUUAUAUAUCGGAAACAUCUACUUCAUUUGCCCUCUUUAAAACAUAUGGUAUUCCAACUAUUUCACGAUUACUUGUUCAAACUAAUCAAUUAACUAGAUUAGAUACUGUUGGUCGUCGAGCUGAAGAUACAGGUGUACUUAUCGGAGAAUUUUCUAUCCAUGAUCUUGAUUCUCAUCGAGCUCGAAUGGCUAUUGCACGUAUGAAUUAUUUACAUAGUUUAUAUAAAAAGCACAUAAGCAAUGAUGAUAUGCUUUAUACGUUAAGUUUAUUUAUAAUUGAACCUACUCGAUGGGCAAAAAAAUAUGAAUGGAGACCUUCAGUAUCAUUAGAAGAAGAAGCUCGAUUUAUUUUUUGGAAAACAAUUGGUGAACGAAUGAAUAUUGAAAAUAUUCCAUUAACAUAUAAAGAAAUUGAAAAAUGGUCUGAUGAUUAUGAAUUGAAACAUAUGGUCUAUUCAAAAGAUAAUCAAAUUUGUGGAGAAGCUACAUUAAACCUAAUGCUUUCAUCGUAUCCUGAUUGGAUGCAAAAUUUUAUUCGUCAAGUUUUAAUAUCACUAAUCGAUGAACGUCUUCGUUUAUCGAUGGGCUUUGAACAAGCACCAUUUUGGAUAAAACGUUUGACUAUAAUUAUACUUAAUAUACGAGCAUUUUUUAUUCGUCAUUGUAUGCUUCCACGUAUUUAUCCAUAUGAUCAUGGUCAAGGUCCGACAACAUGUCCAAUGAAUAAAUAUGGAAGAUAUCAACGAACAAGUUGGUCAAUGGAACCAUGGUAUGUGAAAGAAACAUGGUUUUAUCAAAUGUUACCAUUUUUUAAACUGCGACCAGGUCCAAUGUAUAAAAGUCAAGGAUUUAAAGUUGAAGAACUUGGACCUGAACAAUUUAGUGAAAUCAUCAAUGAAAUAUUUUCAUCAUUGAUUAUAUUUAGAAAUAUCAUUAUCAAUCAUUCGGAAACAUCAGUAACAUUUCGAGUUGAUUUAGCAAGUCAACAUAUUAAGAAUCGAAAAGAACAAGACAAUAAAAAUGUUUGGGGUACUAUGUUUGAUGCUAAUAAACAUCUUAUAGGUCCACAAAAUUUAAGUGGUCGAUCAGUAUUUGAUAUAGCUCCACUCGAUGGAGUAAUACCAGCUGGUGGUAAAAAACCAUUAACAGUAAUAUUUAAUCCUGAUCAUGAUUCUGAUUUCUUUUCGGAUCUCGUUCGCAUUACUAUUUCUGAACAGCCUGUUAAACUUGAAUUUCGUUUACGAGGUACUGGUCGUCAAAAUACUGUGUAUAUACGACCAUUAGAUAAUGGUAAUAUUGUACAAAAAUGUCUUUUACCAAAUGUAAAUGAUGCAUUAACUAUGCAAAUGCAAACAAUAGAUCCUAAUGAAAAAGGAAUACCAAAUAAUAUUCUUGUUUUACUUUGUGCACAAUUUAUUAAUGGAAAAUAUAUACCUGCUCAACGUGAAUUAAUUAUCGGUUGUGCAUCAGUAUCAAGUGGACCUAAAAAAAAUGGUGAUUAUACAUUCGAUAAUUUAAAAGAUAUUAAUACUGAAGGUUUUAAUGUCGAUGUUCCAAAAAGUUCUGUUGAAAUGGGUACAGAAAAAAGCGUGAAAAUCACAUGGACACCAUCAGCUAAUUUUGAUCCAAAUGAAACAUGUCGAGCAACAAUUAAUGUAACAACAAAAGGUGAUGUUAUACGAAUAUGGCGUGUUAUUUUAAUUGGUUAUGUCGAAAUAAUUUCAUCAUCUGAUAAACGAUCAUCACGUACUUCAAAAAAUCGUCGUACAAUUACAAAUGAUACUCGUUCACAUGCAUCAUUUGGUGGUACUAGUCAACGAAUAGGAAAACAAGUAUCGACACAAGAAAAUACUUCUAAUACAUUGACAACAUAA